AAGAUUUUGGCGAUUUGAUGACAGAGCUGACCAUUUCCAGAAGUCUAGUGUCGCUCAAGCGAAGCCGGAAGUUCCUGGGAGUCGAUGCUCUUGGCUCGGUAGUGAUGACACACAUCAGCAGCACCAGCUUCUUCCAGAAGUUUCCUCGCACGGUUUGCAGCUCGGCUCCGGCGCACGGACCGUCCCGUAUGAACACGUUUGUUUUGCGUUGUGCGGUUUAAGUUAAGUGGCCCUUUUUCCUCCUCGUCUCGGCGCAGAGUAGAAAGUUGUCCGCCGUGACUGUGACAACAAGUGCGGGAAGCAAACCUCGACCGUUAGCUAGCCAGCUACUGCCCGCAGCGGUGACAGCUGCGGCCGCAGAGCCCGUUAACCCGCUCCACACACACUGGACACGCCGGAUGCGUUGCUGGCACUGAGCGGAAACUGAAGCGACUGCGGUGAUAAUGUUUUUGUGAAGUGGACGAAGAACUGACCGGUCACUGUAAUGGGUAAAGAUUACUACAAAGUGCUAGGAAUAGCCAAAGGUGCGUCCGAAGAUGAGAUAAAAAAGGCGUACAGAAAACAGGCCCUGCGCUACCAUCCCGACAAGAACAAGGCUCCCGGAGCAGAAGAUAAAUUCAAGGAGAUCGCUGAAGCCUACGAUGUCCUCAGUGAUGCCAAGAAAAAGGACAUUUAUGAUCGCUUUGGAGAAGAAGGAUUAAAGGGUUCGGCUGGUGGUGGAGGUGGGGGACACAGUGGUCCAAGCUACAACUAUACCUUCCAUGGAGACCCUCACGCAAUCUUCGCUGAGUUCUUUGGAGGCCGCAGCCCGUUCGAUCAUUUCUUCUCACAGAAUGGGGAGGAUGAUAUGGACAUCAACGAUCCCUUCACAGCAUUUGGCAUGGGAGGAAUGGGUGGCAUGGGUGGGUUUCACAGGUCCUUUAAGUCCCACCCAGGAGUCCCUCACAGAGCGCACGAGAAGAAGAAGGACCCGCCCGUGGUGCACGAGCUGAAGGUGAGCCUGGAGGAGGUUUUCUCAGGCUGCACCAAAAAGAUGAAGAUUUCCCGCAAGAGACUGAACCCGGACGGCUGCACCAUGCGUAACGAGGACAAGAUUUUAACAGUCGACAUCAAACGUGGCUGGAAGGAGGGGACAAAAAUCACCUUUCCCAGGGAGGGAGAUGAAACUCCCACCAACAUUCCUGCAGAUGUGGUGUUUGUGGUGAAAGAUAAACCCCACCCGGUGUUCAGAAGAGAGGGCUCAGAUAUAAUUUACCCUGCAAAAAUAUCACUCAGAGAAGCGUUGUGUGGAUGCACAGUCAACGCGCCGACACUGGAUGGCCGGAUCAUCACUGUGACCUCCAGAGACGUUGUCAAACCUGGAAUGAAAAAGCGCAUAGUCGGAGAAGGCCUGCCGCUAUCCAAGUGCCCUGAGAAGAGGGGUGACAUGAUCUUGGACUUCACCGUUAAAUUCCCUGACAAACUAGGCCAAAGCACGCGUGAUGCACUCAAGCAGAUCCUUCCACCGUGACUUGAAACGAUGAAACGUUUUCCCAAAAAUAUAACAAGCUAACAUUUCCAGUGACACUCUCCUGUGUAUCAUCACAUUUCGGCCUGGACAACUGAGGCACAGGGAGAUUUGAUUCAAGCUGGGUUUAAUUUUAUUGUCUGAAUGCCAAAUCCAUAUUCUUACCCAGUAUCCAGUCAGUUUAAUGAGCGUCUCAAGACUUGGAAGCCGACAGCUUUGUGUGUGCAUUCAGCUGAGGUUGAGUAACAGUGUUAAAUAACAGCUUGCCACUAUGUCAGAUUCAAGUCAGAAAAGUAAAUAGUAGGAAGUAUUUGGUGUAUAUAUAGAUAAUCACGCAAUGUGUCAAGUGAUAGAUUAUGGUUUGGUUGCAAGAAGGAGAUGGUCAAACCAGAGAAACCAAGAGUGUUUUUUAGAGUUCACUGACUUGUACCACUGAAAAUUUGAUUUAGUAACUGAGGAUUCGGUUUCACUGCAGCAGUUUUUUGGGAGUGCUUUAAGGUAGCACGCAGACAGCUAAUUAACAAUACCUCAGGUGCAAUGACGCAUGCUUGAACGUAGCUAUAACUACAUUAAUCAAAAGGAUAUGAUUUUGGUUGCUGUUAGAUAAAACUGAGGCUUAAGUACUGUGUGGAUCCCGAGAGGUGAAAACAUGGUUGUUUUUUAAAUAUGGAUGCACUGAUUUGAUCAGUGGUAUUGGCACUAAGGUUAACCUUAUUAAGCAGAUCAGUAUUAGCCAGAUGUGACAGAUCAGCAUUAAAUACAGUUUCUUUGUCAGUGUCAUUAUAACAUUCAGUGUUUCAGCUAUCAAUUACACUAUUUGUAGAGCGACGGUCUCAUAAACUGUCUGGAAAAAAUUUACUUAAAAUAUUCACAAGCCUAAAAAUGCUGGUGUGUGGACAUCUCCAGUUAUAAUAAAGAAGUGUAAAGUUUCAGUUAUGCAACCUUAUACCCGAAUGACCCAAGUGAGGUCCACGCAGUGGUGUAGCAUUAUCCAGAUUUUACAUUUAGGAAAGAGGGAGCACUUCUGUCAGAUCAGUACUCUGUAUCAGCAGAUAUCUGAGUUAACAUAUCAUAUGAAAAAUCCGAUUGGUUUAUCCCUGGUGUUUUAAGAUGGCACAUCUUGCAAAAUGUUUACUUUUACAGUAUCUUGUUUAACCAGGAGUACACGCUUCAUUAUGUAAAAUAUAUGACUUUUUGUGCCAAAUAAUUGUCCCUAUGUAAUUAUAUGUAUGUAUGUGUCUAAACGUAUGUUGAGAGAGUGUGUGUCCCCUGUCAUGUGUGACCGACAAAUUUCCAAAACCUUAAUCUAUCUACUUAAUUUGUACCCUUUCAAGAUGCACAGCACAUGUAUGAUACUUUAGUUCCUCCUGAUAUAUUAUUACUCUGUCUGUUUGACUGCUUAUAGAAUCAAAAGCCAGUGAGUUUUUUUGUUUUUGUUUUCUUUUUUACGCAACAUGGUAUAACCCUGGUGUAUUAGUGUGGUACCAGGAAAAAUAUUGGCAGAGAUUGAGAUGCGAAAAUACGUUUAAGCCCCCAAUGUAAAGGCCUGCAGAAUAUAUUUUUGUUUGGUUCUUCUGUCUUAUGCUUUCUCUUAUCGCUUCUACCUGACAGCAUUCGCUCCAAGAUGUACAGCGUGUGGAAAUAUUUAGUUUCACAGUUCAGUAGGAAUCUGAAAAAAAAAAAAAAAAAAAA